AUGGAUCAACCUGUCGGAGACAGCGCAGAUGGCAGUCUCGGAAGUGUCGGGCGGUUCCACUCCACUUAUGGAAAGAAAGAAUCCGCUGACGGACCGCGUCAACAUGGAGCUGACGAUGUUGAAGAAUCUGACGACGUUGAAGGAUCUUCGGAAGGUGAAGAGGCCUCAAGAAACCUCCCGCUCUUGAUGCAAGCAGUGACUGUCGCUUUUCGAAGUGUCAGUCACUAGGAUCUGAUAGAGUAGGAGGGAGGCGCAUUCCGCCGAGCACUUUGUGAGUUUACGCUUUUUUUAAAUGUAAUUGCCCUUUUGGACAAGAAAAAUUUUUUUCAAGUGAUUUUUGUGUAAAAUGAAUGAUUUUUAGGUGACCCGCCUGUCAACCCUCCUCCAAACAGCCGCCCUGGAACUCUCACGCUGGAGAGCCGGCGAAUCAUUGUCCGAAUUGGAAUGGAUCAACCUGUCGGAGACAGCGCAGAUGGCAGUCUCGGAAGUGUCGGGCGGUUCCACUCCACUUAUGGAAAGAAAGAAUCCGCUGACGGACCGCGUCAACAUGGAGCUGACGAUGUUGAAGAAUCUGACGACGUUGAAGGAUCUUCGGAAGGCGAAGAGGCCUCAAGAAACCUCCCGCUCUUGAUGCAAGCAGUGACUGUCGCUUUUUCGAAGUGUCAGUCACUAGGAUCUGAUAGAGUAGGAGGGAGGCGCAUUCCGCCGAGCACUUUGUGAGUUUACGCUUUUUUUAAUGUAAUUGCCCUUUUGGACAAGAAAAAUUUUUUUCAAGUGAUUUUUGUGUAAAAUGAAUGAUUUUUAGGUGACCCGCCUGUCAACCCUCCUCCAAACAGCCGCCCUGGAACUCUCACGCUGGAGAGCCGGCGAAUCAUUGUCCGAAUUGGAAUGGAUCAACCUGUCGGAGACGGCGCAGAUGGCAGUCUCGGAAGUGUCGGGCGGUUCCACUCCACUUAUGGAAAGAAAGAAUCCGCUGACGGACCGCGUCAACAUGGAGCUGACGAUGUUGAAGAAUCUGACGACGUUGAAGGAUCUUCGGAAGGCGAAGAGGCCUCAAGAAACCUCCCGCUCUUGAUGCAAGCAGUGACUGUCGCUUUUCGAAGUGUCAGUCACUAGGAUCUGAUAGAGUAGGAGGGAGGCGCAUUCCGCCGAGCACUUUGUGAGUUUACGCUUUUUUUAAUGUAAUUGCCCUUUUUGGACAAGAAAAAUUUUUUUCAAGUGAUUUUUGUGUAAAAAUGAAUGAUUUUUAGGUGACCCGCCUGUCAACCCUCCUCCAAACAGCCGCCCUGGAACUCUCACGCUGGAGAGCCGGCGAAUCAUUGUCCGAAUUGGAAUGGAUCAACCUGUCGGAGACAGCGCAGAUGGCAGUCUCGGAAGUGUCGGGCGGUUCCACUCCACUUAUGGAAAGAAAGAAUCCGCUGACGGACCGCGUCAACAUGGAGCUGACGAUGUUGAAGAAUCUGACGACGUUGAAGGAUCUUCGGAAGGCGAAGAGGCCUCAAGAAACCUCCCGCUCUUGA